GCCCCCAGCAUCCCGCGCCGAGGUGCGCCGAGCUGCAGACCAGCGUCAUGGCUGCUUCGAGACCGCCCCAGCUCGAGGAGCUGCUGGCCGAGGCCUGUCGGGCCUUCCGGGAUGAGUUCGGGGCCGAGCCCGAGCUGGCCGUGUCGGCGCCGGGCCGCGUCAACCUCAUCGGGGAGCACACGGACUACAACCAGGGCCUGGUGCUGCCCAUGGCACUGGAGCUUGUGACCCUGAUCGUGGGCAGCCCCCGAACAGAUGGGCUUGUCUCUCUUCUCACCACCUCUAAAAACGCUGAUGAACCCCAGCGACUGCAAUUCCCACUGCCCACAGCCCAGCGAUCUCUAGAGCCUGGAACCCCGCGAUGGGCCAACUAUGUCAAAGGAGUGAUUCAGCAUUACCCAGCUGCCCCCAUCCCUGGCUUCAGCGCAGUGGUGGUCAGCUCAGUGCCCCUGGGGGGCGGGCUUUCCAGCUCUGCGUCUCUGGAAGUGGCCACAUACACCUUCCUCCAACAGCUCUGCCCAGACACGGGGGCAAUAGUUACCCGGGCCCAGGUGUGUCAGCGGGCCGAGCACAGCUUCGCAGGGGUGCCCUGUGGCAUCAUGGACCAGCUCAUCGCGCUGCUGGGGCAGAAAGGCCAUGCGCUGCUCAUUGACUGCAGGUCCCUGGAGACGAGCCUGGUGCCGCUGUCUGACCCCAAGCUGGCUGUGCUCAUCACGAACUCCAACGUUCGCCACUCCCUGGGCUCCAGCGAGUACCCCCUGCGGCGACGCCAGUGUGAAGAAGUGGCCCGGGCCCUGGGCAAGGAGAGCCUUCGAGAGGUGCGGCUGGAAGAGCUUGAGGCGGGCAGAGAGCUGGUGAGCAAGGAGGGCUUGCGGCGGGCACGGCACGUGGUGGGUGAGAUCCGGCGCACGGCCCAGGCAGCUGCCGCUCUGAGACGUGGGGACUACAGAGCCUUUGGCCGCCUCAUGGUGGAGAGUCACCACUCGCUCAGGGAUGACUACGAGGUGAGCUGCCCGGAGCUGGACCAGCUGGUCGAGGCUGCCCUAUCCGUGCCUGGUGUGUAUGGCAGUCGGAUGACAGGUGGCGGCUUUGGGGGCUGCACAGUGACACUGCUGGAGGCCUCUGCUGCUUCCCGUGCCAUGCAGCACAUACAGGAGCAGUAUAGCGGCACAGCCACCUUCUACCUCUCUCAGGCUGCCGAUGGAGCCAAGGUGCUGCACUUGUGAAGCACCCCUGGGUGGCAGGCCCUGCCGCUCCGCCUCCAGCACCUGCCUUCUGCUUCUGGGUGCUCAAUAAACUUGUGCCUCUGACCGUCCAGCCCC